AUGGAUGACACGUGGAAAAAUAAUAAUUUGUCUUCAAGAGACACACUUGAAAGUGUCAAGUGUCACACACACAAAAUGAUAAUGAGCCUGGUGUUCCUCGAUUUUUCCUCUUGUAUAUUUCAUGUAUAUUAUUUACACAGUACUUGAAAAAUUGUGGAGAAAAAGAAAGUGAUAUCUUUUUUUUGAGAGAAAAGUUUCUAGAAAAUUCAAAAAAAAAUCGUCCAAAACACAAAAAUUGUUGCGCAAAAAUAUAAAUAAAAUUGAGAAAAUUUUGAAACGUAAAAAAUCGCCGAAAAAUAUUUUAAGCUUUUUUUGGCGAAAAAACUUUGGAAGAUACAAACUCUCGAAAAUGAUAAAGUUAUCAAAACAAAUUUCAAACGCUCAAAAAACAUCCAAAUUUUGAAACUUAAAAAAUCCGGUGGAAUUAUUUUUGCGCUUAAAAUUCAUUAACUCAAACCUGAAAGUUUUAGCGCCAAAAUUGACCUAAAAUUCAAAAAAUCCCACAAAUUUCCCCAAUAAAUAAAAAAGAACAAUGGGGAUAGAUUUAUUAUAAGUAUUAUUAGUUAGUCUAACUAAUAAGUACUAAUAUACUCACUUCCCCCCUUUAAAUACACACAUAUGGCAUACAAAUAACCAAGGCCUGUCAGAAAAUCUGACCCAGGUGUCCUAAAACUAGGCUCCGCCCCCCUUUUUGUCUUGUGUCGAGAACAGAUUUCUCAUAUUUUUUGACAAAUUUCGGUUGAACACGUGUGCGCCAGCUGGAGAAGAGAAAGUGGACUACUAAAAUAUGGUUAAGUGGGAUCAUCAUCUGGGUGAGAGACGCAGAGAGCUUGGCACGGGAUUUUGGGAAAGAAAAUUUUUUAAAAAGGUUACUGUAGAUGAUUUUUUGGGCUUUGGAAAAUUCUAGGUUUUCAGAAUUAUUCAAAAAAAAUAUAUAUUUGAACCUAAAAAUUUAGUUUUCAAGACUUAAAAUCAUCACAAAUGCUGAAUUUCAGAAUUGAAUUUUUAAAAAAAAAUUCUGGGAAAAAUUGUUGAAAAAUUUUAUAAAUUUUGAAAAAUUCUGGGAAAAAUUCCCAAAAAAAUCCACGUGGAAAAUUCUAACAUGAGCAAUGCAAGAAGCCUAAAUCUAAUUUUUAAGAGGCCUAAAGACCAGCUAUAAAUUUGAUAAGCCUAAAUAAUUUUACUGGCCUAAAAUCAGCCUAAAAUUGGCCUAACCUAAUUUCAAAAGGGCCUAAAAACUAUGUAUGUUUCUCACAAAAUUCUACCUAACCCAAAAAAAGACAAAAAAUAAAUAAAUUACACGGCGUUUUGUUUGGUGUGCCGAAAAACUUGCAUCAGAUCGAGAUUUGAGAUUAGAUUUUUUUUGGAGAAAAAAAGUUGAAAAAUUCUAUAAUUUUUGAAUUUUCAGCGUCAAAAAUCUUAAAAUCUACAUUUUCAGCGCCGAAAAAUCGAGAAAAUCCGAAAAUGUUUGGGAUUGUUGGAUGAGUUUACGAGGCCCGAAGGAGAAAAAGUGGGAUUUUUUUUGGAAUUUUUGAAAUUUCUGCUGAAAAUUAUUGAUUUAGGACGCUGGAGUGUUGAUUUUGCUGGACAUUUUCUCAAAAUCCGAGCCGCAGGUUCUAUUAUGUGUUAGAAGUGCGAAUUUGAGAAGACAUCCUGGGGAGGUGAGCAAAAAUUUGAUGAAUUUAUUUGAACUAGACUCUAGUUUUGGCCAAAAAUCAUCAAUCAUCUGAGUAGUAAUAAAAUAUUUUAGGUAUGUUUUCCGGGUGGAAUGAUGGAUGAAUUGGCGGAUGACGGAAACACGAGACAGACGGCGAUCAGAGAGACGCAGGAGGUUAGAGAAAUAGGGGAGGGGUAGAGACGCAGAGAAAAGGAGAGGUUUUGAAACGUGGCAAAAUUAAAAAUUCAGAAGGUCAAGAUUUUCGAAAAAAAUAGGAUUGCGAAAUUUCAAAAAAAAAUUGCGAAACUUCUAAAUUCGAUAGAAAUUUGAAUUCAAAAAUUUUCGCGCGUAAUUUCGAAAUUUUGGAAAUUUGGAAUUUCAAAGUUCAAAUUUCCACAAAUCUCAUCAAAAUUCAGCUCCAAAAAAUUAGAAAUUCAAAAAUUUUUCCGAAAUACACUGCAUUUUGAUGUGAUGUGUAUGUCAGAAAACGGAACAUUUUGUGACAUUUUGGAGAAAAAGCGGAAAAUCUGUCUUUUUCUCCGGGGACUCGAUGAUUUUUUGAAUGAAUGAAUAGAGGAAAAUUAGGGGAAAAAAGGUCAAGAGACAAAAAAUUUAGCGCGCGAAAACUUGAGAUUUUGGCGGGAAAUUUGAAAAAUUCAAAAAAAAAUUGAUUUUUAUGAUCCAAAUUUUUUACAAUCGCUUGUAAAAAUUUAAUUUUAAAGGGACAUACAGUACUCUUAUAAAAUCUAGAAAAUACAGUAAUCCAGGACUUUAUUCCGAAUUUUUCUGGCCAAAAUUGUGCACAGUAAAAUUUGAUUUGAUUUUUAAAGGGCCAUACAGUACUCCUUAUUCAAAAAUUGAUUGCUCACAAAACAUGCUUACAAAAUCUAGAGAAAAUACAGUAAUCCCUGAAUUUUUCGAACUACAGUAACCCGAACUAGAAUUAUACAAUUUUUUAUUCAAAAAAAAUCUUCAGAAUUCAAAAAAUCUGAAUUUUGCCACGUGGAAGCGCAAAAUUCUGAAAGUUUUUCAAAAAUGCCACGUGGCACAAAAAACCAAAAGAAAAAGAACACUUUUUUUUGUUCUUGGGCAAAAGUAGUAAAAAGUGUCCUUUUCUUUUCUUUUUCCCUUCGUUCGCCAAAAACCAGAGCGAGAGAGUGCGGGAAAUUGAGAGACGCAGACAUGUAGAGAGACAGAAAAAGGCGCAGAUGGUGUGGGAAAGGGAGAAAUGUCAAGGCGUAGCGCCCAAGAAAAACUGGAGAGAAGGAAUAAUUAGGUUUUGGGCUAGGGUCGUUAGGGGAACAUUUAGAGGCACUUUUUUUGGGCCCAAAAAAAUUUUGGGAAAAAAUUUGGAAAAAAAAGAAGAGAAAAUGACCUUGAUGGGAGUUUUUAUGAGGAUUGAUGAAUAAUUGGAAUGAUAUCUAUGAAAACAUAAAUUAUGGGAUUUUUUUCAUUGAAAAACUUCAGGGGUACUGUAUGCGCCUUUAAAAAUUCAAAAAAAAAUCAUCGUGGCUCAAAAAUUGCACAUUUUUUGACAUCAAAUUUGCCCAAGGUUACUGUAGAUUGGUUUUGGCGCAAAAUUUUUUUGAAUUGUGGGAUUUUCCGGGGGUACUGUAUGCGCCUCUAAAUAUUCAAAAAAAAAAUCAUCGUGGCUCAAAAAUUCUACAUUUUUUGACAUCAAAUUUGCCUAUGGUUACUGUAGAUUGGUUUUGGCGCGAAAAAAUUUUGAAUUUGAAUUUUUUUGACACUAGAAAUUCUUCUUCGUGAAAUAUUGGCUACAGUAAAGGUUUACUGUAGAUAGGAUACUGUAGUUCGAAAACAUUUAAAAACCGGAUUACUGUAGUUUGUGAGGAUGUCCUUUUAAAAAAAUUUUUUACCCAAUUUUUUUCAAAAAAAAAAUUUAAAUUUUCGGAAUUUUGGCGGAAAAAUUGGAAAAAUUCAAAUUUUUCCAGGAAAUCGGAGUUCCGCCAGAAGAUUACGAAAUAAUUGGAAAUUUGCCAGCGUUUCGCGCGAGAUUUGGAAUUCUUCUACAUCCCACAAUUGCAGUUGUAAAGUGAGCUGAAAAUCCGGAUUUUCUGGCUGAAAAUCUUGAUUUUCAGCUCGAAAAAAUCCAGAUUUUCAGCCAGCCCAAAAUAUCGAUUUUUGUUCCAGAAAUCCGCUGAAAAUCACGAUGAAUCCGGACGAAGUUCAAAGUGUUUUUUGGAUUCCGAUUUCUCGAUUUUUGUCGGCCGAAAAUCACUCGAUUUUUCAAUUGGAUCAGAUUUAUUAUGUGCACAUGUUUCAGGUAGGCAAAAUUAGAAAAUACAACGACACUCCGUGUUUACACAAUCUUUAAUUUUCCCGCGAAAUUUUGAAAAUUCAAAAAUUUCAAUUUUCAACGACACUCCGUGUUUACAACACCUUCAUUGUUGCCGCCAAAUUCAAAAAAUUCAAAUAUUUUUUGUUUCAGUUCCCCGACUUCCCCACCACAUUUGGUGUCACCGCUUUGAUGUGUAUAAUUGUGGCGAUGGGUGUAUUUGGCAGACAGCCAAAUUUCGAUAUUCUGGCCAAUUUACCCGAAAUUGAAGCGCGCCAAAUGAGCACUAUUCAAAUUUUGACACAUGUUUAUCGAUUUGCUGGCAGAAAGUUUGAGAGAAAUUCGAAAAUUUGA